AUGUCGGAAAGAGGACGUGGUGGACGCGGCGGAAAUGCUGGAGGCCCCUCACGAGGAGGCCCUCACGGCUCCGGCGGCCGUGGCAACAAUCGUGGCGGCAGAGGCGGCUCUUCCCGCGGUGGAGGAGGACAUUCGAACAACACGCCAUCAGAACGAUCUAAGAAGGAAGCUAUCCUCGACCUGUCCAAGUACAUCGACCAGAAGAUCCGUGUCAAGUUUGCCGGCGGUCGCGAAGUUUUCGGAACCUUGAAAGGUUUUGAUCAGCUCAUGAACCUGGUCAUGGACGAAGUGACUGAGUCGCUGCGGGACGAGGAGGGGAACGUCACCGACAAGACGAGGAACUUGGGGUUGGUCGUGUUGAGAGGCACGGCGUUGACUGUCAUUAACCCUGCGGAUGGGUUUGAGAGUAUUGAAAACCCUUUCGCACAGGCCCAGUAA